CCUUUUGCUCUGCUAUGCUAUGCUCUGCUCUGCUCUAUAAAUAUAUAUUCUUCCAUCUUCCCUCUCUCCCUCCACAAAUCACCAAAUUUUCUCUCUCUAAAGCCUAAUCACAGUGGAACCCAGUUUCCACUCUGUAAUUAGCACCUCUGCAACCAUCCAAAUAAUUCUCUCUCUCUCUCUCUCUCUCUCUCUCUACGGUUCGUUAUCCAACGGUUUUCUUCUUCCCCUAAUCUUCUCAAAUCUGCCCUCUAUCAUCAAUCGAGUUUUCAAUCUCUUCAAUUUCUAGCUUCUACAGAAGCUCCCAUUCGUUGUUUUUUGUUUUUUGUCUCGCCGGAGAUGAUCACCGGGAAGGACCUCUACACUGUCCUGACGGCGGUGAUUCCUCUGUACGUGGCCAUGAUUUUGGCUUACGGCUCUGUUCGUUGGUGGAGGAUCUUCUCGCCGGAUCAGUGCUCCGGUAUCAACCGCUUUGUUGCCAUCUUUGCCGUACCCUUGCUUUCCUUCCAUUUCAUCUCUAAUAAUGAUCCUUAUGCUAUGAACUUUCGGUUCAUUGCUGCUGAUACUCUGCAGAAGAUUAUUAUGCUCGUUGCCCUUACGAUUUGGGCGAAUUUUACUAAAAAUGGGAGUAUGGAGUGGAUGAUUACCAUCUUCUCGCUUUCAACUCUGCCGAAUACUCUCGUCAUGGGGAUUCCUCUGCUACAGGCUAUGUAUGGAGGUAACUCUGGGAGUUUGAUGGUUCAAGUUGUUGUUAUGCAGUGCAUUAUCUGGUACACGCUUCUGCUUUUUCUGUUUGAGUAUCGUGGAGCGAAGAUUCUUAUUAUGGAGCAAUUUCCUGAAACUGCGGCCUCCAUUGUGUCCUUCAAGGUCGAUUCCGAUGUGGUUUCCUUGGAUGGGAGGGAUUUUCUUGAGACCGACGCUGAAAUUGGCAACGACGGCAAGCUUCAUGUCACUGUGAGGAAAUCUAACGCUUCACGGCGGUCGUUAGGGCCUUGUUCACUUCCGGCGUUGACGCCUCGGCCGUCGAAUCUCACUGGAGCGGAGAUUUACAGUUUAAGUUCUUCGAGAAACCCUACGCCACGAGGUUCGAAUUUUAACCACUCGGAUUUCUACUCUCUGAUGGGAUAUCAAGGACGGCACUCGAAUUUUGGCCAACCGGAAUUGUAUUCCGUUCAAUCGUCGAGAGGUCCGACGCCUCGGCCGUCGAAUUUUGAGGAGAGUUCUGCUGUUCCGACGGCGAAUUCUCCGAGGUUCGGUUUCUAUCCGGCGCCGAAUCCAGAGUUUACAAAAAGCGUUAAAACACAGCCACCCCAGCAGCCGCUGCCACAGAACGGCGGUCCGACGAGUAAAGCCAGCCAUGAUGCUAAGGAGCUUCACAUGUUCGUAUGGAGUUCAAGCGCUUCGCCAGUUUCAGAAACUGACGGUCUUCAUGUAUUCGGCGGGUCCGAUUUAGGAGCUACUGAACAAACAGGACGCUCCGAUCAGAACGCCAAGGAAAUCAGGAUGUUCAUCGCCGAUCACCCGCAGAAUGGGGAGAAGAAAGUUGCUGAAAGUGAGGGGUUCAGAGGGGAGGAGUUGAAUUUUCAAGGGAGAGUUGAGGUAGACGAUGAGAAAGAAGAAAAGGGUCCUAUUGGACUUCUCAAGCUGGGCUCAGGCGGCAGCGCCCCCGCCACAGCUCCGGAGAGUGGGGCGGCGAAACAAAUGCCUCCGACGAGCGUUAUGACACGUUUGAUCUUAAUCAUGGUGUGGCGAAAGCUUAUUAGAAAUCCGAACACAUAUUCAAGUCUCGUUGGCCUUGCUUGGGCUCUUAUUGCCUUUCGCUGGCAUGUGUCUAUGCCUAAAAUAGUAGCGCAAUCAAUCUCCAUACUCUCUGAUGCUGGGCUUGGAAUGGCUAUGUUCAGCUUAGGUAUAUUCAUGGCUUUACAACCGAAACUAAUAGCUUGUGGAAACUCCGUUGCUGCUUUUGCCAUGGCAGUGAGGUUCCUCACUGGCCCGGCUGUGAUGGCAGCUGCUUCGGCUGCUAUCGGCCUGCACGGCAAUCUCCUCCGCGUCGCCAUUGUUCAGGCUGCAUUACCCCAAGGCAUUGUUCCCUUUGUUUUUGCUAAAGAGUACAACGUUCAUCCUGCCAUCCUCAACACCGCAGUCAUAUUCGGGAUGUUAAUAGCACUUCCAAUCACUCUCAUUUACUACAUUCUUCUCGGCUUGUAAAACCUCGGCGCGCCAUUGCCAGAAACACAAGCAAAAAAACGCUAGAACAUCACCCCCCACAAGGUUUGAUUCAACACAAUUCAAUUGUCAAAGAAGUUCCUAAUAUUUGGGGGGUUGGGGGGAGAUUAGUACAAAAGCAUACUCUACUAGAAGAAGAAAAAGGGUUGAAAUUUUGAAAAGACAAGAGAGAGGGAGAAAUGGGAAACAUUGAUGAGGAAAUCAAGGGAAGUGGUUCUCAAUCCUUUUCGAUUUUGCAUGAAAAAGGUUGUUAAUUUCAAUGUUGUUGUUGUUGUUGUGGUGUAUGAAGAAGAGGACAAAUUUGACUAACUUUGAUGACCAUUUUGUGAAAUGGGUAUUGCAAAUAAUGAAGAGAACACAAAGGAGGCAGGGUGAAGAUGUUGUUGUAGUCAACCAUUGUUGUGGUUUGAAUAUGAUCGGUUGUGCAAUUAUAUGAAGCCUUGUCGUCUUGCUCUCU